AUGGACUCACCAGGUGCCGCUGCGUCCGCCGACAAUAUCCGCAGCCGCCUGUGCCACAACCAUGCUGUUUUCUGCGCCUAUCUGGCCCAGGCAGCCAUCGCCAACGAGUUUCGCAAAGGUCUCCAUGAUGCCCGAUACUCCUCCAAGCUCUCGACCCACCAGCCGCUGCCUUACCUGGCGAUCAAUCCCUCGACCCAGGGCCCUGCUCUGCUGCCGCCCAUCAUCCGGUCCAUGUACUGGCGAUUCAUACGCGGCAUGCCCAUGUUCUCCCAACGCGGAGAGGAGUAUCUGGAGCAGCUGGAUCUGUUUGUCGGCACGCACUUGCUGCCGCUCGGUAUUCAGUGGAUGGUCGCAACAAAGUUCGAUAUGCUAGCAUUCUUGCAGCACUACCUGGCCCUGUUCGGCCAUCUCAAAUCCCAGAGCUGGACACGAUGCCAGCUCCCCAAGAGCGAGAUUGUCCCGAUCGCAGGCAUCUUUGCCGAGUAUGACUACAAGCUCGAGCGGUUCUUCAUUGAGCAGCGAGUUCUUCGCCCGCACCAGACUGGCUUCCGAGUGGCGCCCCAGCUUGAUUAUCACAACGACAGCGAUACCGAUGAUGAAGAGGAUGAUCAAGAAGAUGAUGAUGAAGCCGAAGCCUUACCUUGCGAACCGAUGCAUCCGACUCGAGAUAGCGACAAGUUUGUGCCGAACGACGAGACAAACAGCGUCCGGUGCAAUUAUGACAACGAGAAAGCCGAUCCGUCCACCUCAGGCUCUGCUGCCCCAGACGAAGACAGCGAAAUCCAUGGCAACCACCUACUCACUUUAUCGAUCCCAAGCACACAAGCGACCGAAGAGCCUCGCGCUCUCGGAAACAAACUGCUCGUGAACUUGUCGGCCCAAAGCAUCGAGGUAUUCGAGCGCGAGCUAAGCAAAGCAGAUGAGCGCUCAAAGGACGAUCCCAGCGCCGUCGACGAUGAGGGGCCCACAGCCCAGUCCGCCAAUGCAGACCAGCCCAAGACCCGUACCAAGCGCCGAAGGGACACUGUACAAUUGAGCCCAGAGGCCUUGGCGGAGAUCCACCGGGACCGCCGCGCUAAGGUAACCGAGUUUGUCCAAGUCUGGGAUGAGUUCUUCGGAGCGACGGCUGUGUGCUGCCUUGCACUUCGGAAGGAUUCGGCCGAAUGGCGAGAUGGUGCCGGGAAAGGGGCCUCCAAGAGCUAUGGCGACGCACUCUUUGAAAAAUUCGAGACGGCCGAAACCAUCGAGGAUCUUGACGAGAUAUACAAGACAUGGGUAGACUGCGCCGUCAAGGCCUUUGCUCACACCCUGGACAAUAUGCUGGAUAAUGGCGACUGGCGGCGGAUGAUCACCACCAUCUUUGAGAAGAUGCCGUGGUCAUUCGUGCUGACUUCCCUCAAGCUAUUCAAUCCGAUCCCGUUUGUCGAGCGGAUCCUGCGCUUCUUUCUGUGGCGUCCAGCCGGUUUCUAUUCGCUGUUCAUGAAGUUUGGUGCGAUCGUGUGCGCCCUCGAGAGAACAAAUGUGCUGAUUCGAAAGGUCAAGCGAGAGCUCCAGAUGACCGUGCCCGAUCACCACAAGCGGCUGGUGUCGAUCGAAAAGGUUGCCCAGGCAGCCCACAAAGCGAGCAUCGUGUCCUUUGAGGGCGCCGAUGUCUUGAUUCAACUCCUCCGCAAGCAGUAUGAGGACGACAGCAAGUCAACGACGACCUUCCAGGCAGUGCGGAACUGGCUAUUUGGCGCGCCCGCCGACGAACCCAAGGAUGGCUUGCACCUCAAAGUCAACGGCAGCGAGGUCUCCCUCAAACCCUCGACCAACAUCUCCAAUAUUUCGGUCGCGUCCUUCCACACCUCCGCUUCCGCAAGCAAGCCCGGCAUUGAAGUGCCUGAGUUGGAUGUCGUGUAUUGCCGAUUGCUCAUCCGCAAGCUGGAGAAAGAGUCCUUCGUCAGAGCUCUCGGCAGUGCAGAAGUUACCAAGUUUAUCAUCCACUUUUCGCACAUCAUUCCCCCUAUUCUGUCGGAACUGUAUGAGGCAAGGAUUGCUCAGCAUUGCUGCAAUUUCCACGACCUGUUUGCCGAGUUUAUUGCCGUGAUGGGCAAAAUCUUGGAUGCGCUCAAGAGGUACGACAGCGAUCCCAGCAGCUCUGACAGUCCCAGCGAACCGUACAAUCAGGCAGGCCCGGAUGGUCCUGAAGUCGCUGCCGACGGAGACGAGGAAUCAAGCAACGCAAGCAAGACACGAAUUGCCGAUCCAACCAAAGCCCCGAUUUAUCAGCAGUGCAUCGGGGAUAUCAAGAUCGCCGCGCGACUGUUUGUCGAUUCGAUCUUUGGUGUCUUGAAGAACCUGGCGAAGCGCCCCGCGACCGACCUCGGACAAAUCCGCAUCUUCGUCGCCUGGCUCAUCCAGCAGUGGGCCGGCGAUGCUCAGGAAGACCUUGGUGGAAACACCAACGUGUUUGAGCUGAUGAAUGCGCGCAGCACGAACGAAAUUAUAGAGUUUUUCGACCACAACGAGCAGCAAGUGAUCAGCCAGCAGCUUGACAAGAUCAUCGAGUUGAUGAGCCGCGGGGCCGAGUUCCAGCCCUGGGCUGGGAGUAAUGCCGUGCCAACCUCAGCCAAAUGCAGCCCGAGCCCCGAUAGCGCCAAGGCAGAGGAGAUUGACGAGCAAACUCGGAUCCUGUUUGAUAUUGCCCUCGGCCAGUUUUACGAGCGCUGCUGUAAGGAGGUGUCCGGGUGGGAUGCGAUCCACUAUGGAUACGACGAAAACGACGCUCCGGAGGAGGAAGAUACUGUGACACUCGAAGCCCCGUCACUCGCCAAGCUGCUGAUACGCAAGAAGAGCAUGACAACAUCGUCGUAUGCAUCGUCUCUGGCAAGCACCAGCAAAGGCGACUCUCGCGCUCGGCCAAAGAAGCCCAUCAGCUUGCGGAGUCUGAAGAGCGAACGGCUCGGCAAGCUCGGAGACAAGCAGCAUGCGCCCGAACCGGCGGAGACCGAGCCGACGGAUGCUGCAGAGCCAAAGCCAGAGAAGCCCAGCACAUGGGGUUGGUGGUAG